AUGAAAGUGAAACCAGAUAGCAUUCAGCGCUGGUGUGCGCUCACCUUGGAACAGUACAAGGAUGGUAUAAAUCACCGCACGGCAGCUGGCAUCCAAGAAGCUCAUGCCAUUCCCAACGACAUAGGGCCUAAGGAAAUGAGUGCUCUCGAGAGUGCGUGGGGCUUGAAGGCCGGAGCUCUGGCCGAUGCUAAGAGCAGCUCGAAGAAUAUAAUACCUCUCCGCGCGGACUGGCGAGAUUGCUUUGACUGUGGAGACUUCAUACUGUUGCCUCGUCGUGAGGUUCUUGCACGAAUUCAAUACUUCCAAUAUAACAAGCCGGAAAUCAUCGCACACGCCAUCCCAUGGGAGGAACUAAAGGUGCACCACUACGUCUUCAUCCCCAUCGGCAAACGCUCCAACACUGUUCCACUUUUCCGACGGGAGUUCAAGCAAGGCUGUGAAUUUCAGGAAUUAGUGAAAGACAAAGGCACCUUUUACAAUCCGCCCAACUUUGACGACUAUCCUGAGAUUCAAUCGACGGUUCACCCAUACUGCAUGAUCUGGAAAGCAAUUUAUGAGAUCGGUAACAAAGUUUCACAUAAUCAGAUCGAGAACAUAAAUCAUCGUCUUUUGUAUCUCUCCGCCUUGUGUAUCGUGGAGGAGUGGAAGUUUUGUAUGUCACCAGAGGCCAGAAAAUUGCUGACGUCCCGCCAACCCCGCCACCCUCCCGACUCAGGCGACGCGCACACCGACCAUUCAUCCCCCACACUUCCCAGCGGUCCCUCGGAAGACGAUAGCGAUAGCGACAGUGGUGGCGAGAGCGGCGGCGAGAGCGACGGCGAUGGCGGUGACUCUGACCUUCAUGUCAGCGACGCCCGCAACUCGGGACACCAGCAUAUGGCUCACGGAUCGACCCUUAUAUCGUACUCUAACUAUAAGCUUUCUUUCACGUCCUCUUCUCCACCCAAAUCUGCUCCUUCUGAGAAGCUCACUCGAGACGAUGAAUCCGACGUGGUCGAAGAAAGGCCCGAUAAUCUCGCUCCAUAUGUACCAUGGAACGUUGGCGAUUGGCAAUUCAAAGACGCUCAGCCCGACGCUCAGGCCCUUGAUGACCUCCAAGAUAACCAUUCCUCCGUCCUCGCUGUCGAGUCUUUGUCCUUAUAUCGUCUGGAAAACCCGGCGCAACUUCCUCGUGGACCCUGGGAGUACUGGCGACCCGAUUUCAUGAAGGACAUGGACGAGGCAAAAUACAGGGAAUUGGCGGAGAGAUUUGGAAUGAUCUGA